UUGUUCGUUGUAACAUACUCCGUUUUCUUUGACUUCCAUUUGUCUGCUUCUUGUUACCAUCACGGUCGAAACUCCAUACUCAAGCAGAACUAGCCCUUCGGGAUCACUUCGAGCUGAUGGACCAUUCUGCGUUUCCUCCGGAAGACUAUGAGCACACGCAAGUCGGCAACCAAGCACCAGGUGCACAGCUACUGGCUGCUGUUGGACAGUGGAUCCGGUAUCAUCACACUGUUGUCAUGUUUUCCCAGGAUUAUCUAUCUUGACGAGAUGGAAACGGAAUCAUCGCCGCUUUCGAUAAAUACUUACAAGCUGACAUACGGGUUCCUAUUCCACCGCACGUUCAGUGACCACUAUCUUUUCCCACUGAGAAUCUUGUACUACUACUACCCUUGAGGAGCGUUGAGCGCCCAGCAUCGAUGCCAAAACUUACACGCGAGUGCGGGCCGCCGCUGUUCUUGUUGACGUGCGCAUCGCUCUUUAUCUCCAGCAUCGUUUUCAUAUUUUCCAUGCUGCAUUUGGGAUAUGACUCGUUCUUCACGAUCCCGGCGGUCUAUGCGGUCACCCUCAUUUACCAUGUGACGAUCCUCGUUUUGGAGCACCGGAAUAGCGCCCGCUUGGAUCCUGCCUCGUCGACGACGCUGGGGAGCAUUAUUUGCGGGGCGGCGGUGGGCGCUAUGUGGUUGGGGGCUUUCACGGUCGUUUUGUUGGUUACGGUCUUGUUUGGGGAUAAGGCUAUUGGGGAGGAUAACGGGGAAUUGUGGAUCCUCAUUGUACAAUGCUUUAUAGCGCCUGUGGAAGCGCUCGUCUUGUUGGCGCUUGUCUUACGGAGCGCUCAGGAAAGACGGCAGGGGGCGUCCGAGAGCUGGAGGAAGGUCGAAGAGUAGUCAUCUAUUUAUUCUGAGAUACUCCCGAUGCAAUGAUACCAAGAACUGACAAUUUAUGUACUUUCAGUACUUUCGUUACCGGACACCAUUCUACAGACUCGGAAUACCCUUUAUCUCAAUGUCAAGGAAAGCAUGUUGAUACCAAUCUUACAUCUGCUACAGCAGGACCAACUGGAAGCACACAACCCCAGGCCAUUUUUAUCGUAGCCUACAAAUGACGGGUUCAUUUUUGGACUCAUCGUAGACUCGUGUAUUCUUUGUAAGUAGACUGGGUAAAAGCUGUGCUCUCCAGCUCGAUGCGUGGUUGAGGGAUCUUACACAUUCAGAUCCUCUCAGAACCAUGUA